CCCCCCUUUCUUAAGUACUAUACUCUUCUCUAAUAGCAACACUUGACUUUCUUUCUUUCUUUUCUCAACUCGUUAACUAUCCUUCUAUUGGUUUACGUCUACCCAACUUUUUUUUUUUGACACUGUGUAAAAGUUUGGAUCAUGAUACAUUCUUCACGAAUCAUUGUGAGGAGUCAUAGCAACAUCUAUACCCAUCAGCCAUUGAGACCAUCUUUAACGCGAUUGUUCUGUCAUAACAAAAGGACGUCAUUGCUAAAGAAUACAAAGCGAUUAUUUCAUCAGGAAUUACCGAAAUUAGUGCAAGAGCAACGACAGGAACCUAUAUUGACAGAGUUUGUAUAUGGAAGGAAACGUAUUUAUACCAGUUUACAGACCAUUGGAAAGACAAAAUCAAACUCAGUAUCAAAGGGACGUGUUGCUGCACCUAUUGCUACUUCUCCCAUGUCCUGGGAAUGGAUUCAGCCUAUUAUCGAGGAUAAUGAUAAAGAGAAGAAAAAGGAAUGGUAUCAACUUGUAACAAAUCGAAAUAGAUUUAGUGUAUUACAUUCAAUAAAACAAAAUUUAAGAGAAAUGUUUCUUCCAGUAGGGUAUCCAGAAUCUGUUCAUGACUGUUAUAAAAAAUUUCAUCUAUGGCUUUUUUUUGAAACAUAUGUUGGAUCAGCUAUUGGAGUAUUAUGUUCACAGGCUAUGUUAGCAUCAUUAGGUUUAGGAGCAGUAGAAGCGACAGGAGGAGCAGUAGCUAUUCAAUGGGUGUUGAAAGACGGUAUUGGAGAAAUUGGUAAAUUAUUCUUUAUUAAACGCUAUGCAAGUUCAUUUGAUUCACAUCCAAAGACAUGGAAAUUUGUAUGUGAGCUUUUAUCCUCUGUUGGCUCAUUUUUGCAACUUUGUACUUCUGUUGUGAGUCCAAAAUUGUUUUUACCUUUAGCUGCAGCUGGUAACACAUUUGAAUUAAUACAUGAAAGUAUUUGGAUUGCAAGUCAUAUGACGUUUACAAAGCAUUUCUCUCCAAAUGGUAAUAUUGGUGAUAUUGUAGCUAAAGAUGAUGCGCAAAUGUCAACUGCACAUCUAUUAGGUAUGUUAACUGGCGUUGGUAUCAUUUCAAUAUCACAUUCACCCAUGUUCCUAUUUGGUAUAUUUGCUAUCUUAUCACCUCUCAAUAUCUGGACAACGUGUAAAAUGCUUCAUACUGCUGAAUUUGAAAUCCUUAAUCAGGCCAAAUUAACCUUAUUAGGUCGUAAAUUUAUUGAUUCAGGGGGAAUAUCAGUAAUUGAUUAUGAACAAUUAAAAGAUCAUGAAGCUGGAUUUGGUGAAUGGAUAAAGCCCUCGUAUUAUGGUAGUAGUAAAGAUAAUAUAGUAAAAAUCAGAAUGGGUUCUAGUGCAGAAAAGGCAUUUGCUUCUUCUGGUGAAGUACAAGAAAUAGUUAAAGUAUUAAAGCAUGAAAAUUACUUAUUAAAUUAUCAUAAAAAUACAAUGUGGAUAUUAUUUCAUCAAGAUGCUGAAUCAAAUGACGUCAUCAAGUCAAUUUUGCAUUCGCUAAAGUUUUAUGAACAAUUAACUCGAACAGAAAUAGUUAAAGAGAAAGACUGGGAAAGAUAUAUGUACACAUUAGAAGAUUCUUUGAAUUGGACUAGAGAAAAUUAUAAAAAAUUCAUUACUGAAUUAGAUAAGAAGAACUGGCAAAGUGACAUUGUGUAUUGGAAUGACAGUGGCAUGAGAUUAGACUGGAAAAGUUAUGAGGAUAAAGACCGUUCAUUUUGAAGAUCACACUUGAAGACUGUUUAUUAGAUGUUUUUUUUUGUUUUUUUUUUU